AUGAGGCUCCUCGUGGCCCCCCUUUUGCUGGCGUGGGUGGCCGGUGCCGCCGCCGCCGUGCCCGUGGUACCCUGGCGUGUGCCCUGCCCCCCUCAGUGCGCCUGCCAGAUCCGGCCCUGGUAUACGCCCCGGUCAUCCUACCGUGAGGCCACCACCGUGGACUGCAAUGACCUGUUCCUGACGGCGGUGCCCCCCGGGCUGCCCGCGGGCACGCAGACCUUACUGCUGCAGAGCAACAGCAUUGUCCGCGUGGACCAGAGUGAGCUCAACUACCUGGCCAACCUCACAGAGCUGGACCUGUCCCAGAACAGCUUUUCGGACGCUCGGGACUGUGAUUUGCGCGCCCUGCCCCAGCUGCUGAGCCUGCACCUGGAGGAGAACCAGCUGAGCCGGCUGGAGGACCACAGCUUUGCGGGGCUCGCCAGCCUGCAGGAGCUCUAUCUCAACCACAACCAGCUCUACCGCAUCGCCCCCCGGGCCUUUGCCGGCCUCGGCAACCUGCUGAGGCUGCACCUCAACUCCAACCUGCUGAGGGCCGUUGACGGCCGCUGGUUUGAGAUGCUGCCCAACCUGGAGAUCCUCAUGAUUGGCGGCAACAAGGUAGACGCCAUCCUGGACAUGAACUUCCGGCCCCUGGCCAACCUGCGCAGCCUGGUGCUGGCAGGCAUGAACCUUCGGGAGAUCUCCGACUACGCCCUGGAGGGGCUGCAAAGCCUGGAGAGCCUCUCCUUCUAUGACAACCAGCUGGCCCAGGUGCCCAGGCGGGCCUUGGAGCAGGUGCCCGGGCUCAAGUUCUUAGACCUGAACAAGAACCCGCUCCAGCGGGUGGGGCCUGGGGACUUUGCCAACAUGCUGCACCUCAAGGAGCUGGGUCUCAACAACAUGGAGGAGCUGGUUUCCAUCGACAAGUUCGCCCUGGUCAACCUCCCCGAGCUGACCAAGCUGGACAUCACCAACAACCCCCGGCUGUCCUUCAUCCACCCCCGCGCCUUCCACCACCUGCCCCAGAUGGAGACCCUCAUGCUCAACAACAACGCUCUCAGUGCCUUGCACCAGCAGACGGUGGAGUCCCUGCCCAACCUGCAGGAGGUGGGUCUCCAUGGCAACCCCAUCCGCUGCGAUUGCGUCAUCCGCUGGGCCAACGCCACGGGCACCCGCGUCCGCUUCAUCGAGCCGCAGUCCACCCUGUGCGCCGAGCCGCCCGACCUCCAGCGCCGCCCAGUCCGCGAGGUGCCCUUCCGGGAGAUGACGGACCACUGCCUGCCCCUCAUCUCCCCCCGCAGCUUCCCCCCCAGCCUCCAGGUGGCCAGCGGAGAGAGCCUGGUGCUACACUGCCGGGCACUGGCUGAACCGGAACCCGAGAUCUACUGGGUCACGCCAGCCGGGGUUCGACUGACGCCUGCCCGUGCUGGCAGGAAGUACCGGGUGUACCCCGAGGGGACCCUGGAGCUGCGGAGGGUGACGGCAGAAGAGACAGGCCUGUACACCUGUGUGGCCCAGAACCUGGUGGGGGCUGACAGUAAGACGGUUAACGUGGUCGUCGGCCGGGCCCCCCUGCAGCCGGGCCGGGACAAGGGAUGGGGGCUGGAGCUCCGGGUGCAGGAGACCCACCCUUACCACAUCCUGCUGUCUUGGGUCCCCCCACCCAACACAGUCUCUACCAACCUCACCUGGUCCAGCGCCUCCUCCCCCCGGGGCCAGGGGGCCCCUGCUCUGGCCCGCCUGCCGAGGGGAACCCACAGCUACAACAUCACCCGCCUCCUUCAGGCCACGGAGUACUGGGCCUGCCUGCAAGUGGCCUUUGCCGAUGCCCACACCCAGCUGGCAUGUGUAUGGACCAGGACUAAAGAGGCCGCUCCUUGCCGCAGAGCCUUAGGGGACCGACCAGGGCUCAUAGCCAUCCUGGCUCUGGCUGUCCUCCUGCUGGCAGCCGGGCUAGCCGCCCACCUUGGCGGUGGUCAGCCCAGGCAGGGGGCGGGUGGGCGGCCUCUCCUUCCGGCCUGGGCUUUCUGGGGCUGGGGGAGUGCCCCCUCCGUUCGAGUGGUAUCCGUGCCCCUUGUCUUGCCCUGGAACCCUGGAAGGAAGCUGUCCCGGUCUUCAGAAGGGGAAACACCAUCACCACUAUUGCUACAAAAUUCCUGA